UCAUGGCGGAGAGGGGAGGAGGCGGCGAGGGAACGUCGUCGUCGCCGGGGAAGAAGGCGAGGAAGCCCUACACCAUCACCAGGCCCAGGGAGCGGUGGUGCCCCGAGGAGCACGAGCGCUUCCUCGACGCCCUGCUCAGGUUCGGCCGCGACUGGAGGAAGAUCGAGGAGCACGUCCGCACCAAGACCGCGGUGCAGAUACGCAGCCACGCCCAGAAGUACUUCCUCAAGGUCCAGAGGCUGGGCCUCGCCGCCGGGCUGCCGCCGCCACAGCACCCGAGCCGCAGGCUCGCCAUGUCGCAGCAGCAGAUCUCGCCGGCCGACGGGACGGCAGUGCUGCACGGACAGCCGCAACAUUGUCCGUCCGGUGCUGUUCAGGGUCCCGUCGGCUGGACCUAUCCGGGACAGGGAGUUCUUCCUGCGUCCAAUGACAUGCAGAACUUGGACUGGGCUUGCAGUUCAGGCAGCUCUGCCUGGGUGAGCCAUGGAGGUGCAGGGAGCCAGACUCAACCAGCCGCAGCAACACAUCCAGGUGGCAGCUCAUUCAUGGGGGCGCCGAGCUUCGACGAUACGGGCAUGGACUGGACUGGCACGGGCAGCACAGGCGAAGCGUCGGCGAUCGCCGAUGCAGAGGAUGAGACGAUUCCACUUCCCUUGUCCCCUGACGACAUGCAUUUCGCGCGGGUAUACCGGUUCAUCGGCGACAUAUUCGACCCGGCCACGCCGUGCCGCAUCGAAGCCCACCUGCAGAAACUCAAGGACAUGGAUGGGAUCACUGUGAAGACGAUCCUGCUGGUGCUAAGGAACCUCGAGACCAACCUGACAGCGCCUCAGUUUGAGCCCAUCAGGCGGCUGCUGUCGAGGUAUGACCCCGGGCGAGGCCUGUCUGGCCAGCUAUAGAGCGUGCGUGCGUGCGUGCGUGCGUGCAACCUGAAAGGAGAAAACUAAACGAGAAAGGAGGUACAGGUGACAUGGAUGGCAACGGAGAAAGAAAGUUCCACUGAAGAAAGACCAGAUAUGGGAGGUUGGAAUAGAAAUAUAGAAUGGAUAUUGGUCGGCCAGAGAGAUAUGACAUACAGAUGUAGUCUAUUAAGAAUGGUUGUUUCGAAGAUUUUGGAUACAGGACUGAGAUUAGCAUUCGUUCAGAGUUCAGACUGCCUAGUCGUAGCACUGAAUUUGUGUGUGUGUGUGUGUGUGUGUGUGUGUGUGUGUGUGUGAUGUGCCCACUGGUCGUUGUAGCGUGCUUGUACUUGCAUGUGAUGUGCUCAGCUUGGAGAAAUGUCUUUUAC